CUGAGAUUAUUAUCAAGAAAUUCAAUUGGUUCAUAAAUUAAGUAUUAGAUCUCUGGGAAUUAGUUGCUAAUGUUUCGGCUAAAACUCCUGCACGUAAGAUGUUCGACGAUAUUCCUCUGAGAAUGCUUUAUUUUCCAAGUCUUAGUUUACUUUUAUUGAACAAUAAUUACAUAUCCAUCUCUUUGUGAAUGAUACCCAGAGACGUGACAGGUCGCUAUGGCAAAGCAUCACCCUGAUCUGAUCAUGUGCCGGAAACAACCAGGCAUUGCUAUCGGACGACUGUGUGAGAAAUGCGAUGGGAAAUGCGUGGUUUGUGAUUCGUACGUGCGUCCGUGUACUCUGGUGCGUAUUUGUGACGAAUGCAACUACGGGUCAUUCCAAGGCCGGUGUACUAUUUGCGGAGGGGUUGGGAUCUCAGAUGCUUAUUACUGCAAAGAGUGUACGCAGCAGGAGAAGGACAGAGAUGGUUGUCCCAAGAUUGUCAACCUUGGGAGUGCCAAGACGGAUCUCUUCUAUGAGCGUAAGAAAUAUGGUUUCAAAAAACGAUGA